CAUUAGCAAUCCUGAUGUUGGGAUUAGUCCUUGACUUGGAAAAAAAGAAAAGAAAAAAACCUUUCCGUUCCCUUAAAUCCCUUCCUCUCCCCAUUCCCUACUUUCUCACUUUCUCUAACUUUCCCGGCCGAUUAUUCCAUGAAUCCAUCAAUUUUGUUCUUACAAUCAAACCCAUGAUUUCAAUCAAUCACUUUGAUUUUCUAUAUGCAUGAAUUUCUUCAACUUUUCCAUCGCUCUAUCCCAUCAAAUUACCUCUGUUUACACAAAACUUGUAGUAGUACCUUGCCAUUUUCCUUCCCAAAUCUCAGCUUUACGUAUUUUCUCGGCAACCAAACAGACCCUUUGUUGCAAAACCUAAUUACUAUUCCAAAAUGUCAGGUUCCUGCGCCAAUUGCAAGUCCAAAUCCUUAGUCCGCGACUUCGACUCAGAAAGCCUGGUAUGCGAAUCAUGCGGCUUCGUCCAAGAAUUCGACAAUUUCCAGGAUAACUUCGGAGGCAUUAACGGUCCCCAAGGGACCUUCGUCCGCGUCGGAACCGCAGGUACAGGCAGCGUUUUUCAUUAUAAGGAUAAGAAAAUUUUUGAGGCUCAGAAACUAAUUGAUGAUAUAUUGCAUAGGUUAGGGUUGGGUUCGAAAGCUUACGAGAUUAAAACUAUGGUCAGUUCCAUUACGGAAGGUGAGUAUGGCGUUGGUGAUUGGUUUGGGGUUUUUGUUGGUGCUUGUGCUUAUGUUGUUAUGAGGAAAGAUAAGCGAUCUUUGCCGAUGCCAAUGGCUGAGGUUUCUUCGGUUGUUGGUUGUGAUGAGUUUGAAUUGGGGAAAAUGGUUUCUCGUGUGGUGAAGUUUCUAAAUUUGAAGAGACCAGAGUACCCUGAAUUCAAUGUGCUUAGUUCUUUCGAAAGGGCAUUGCAAAAUUCCCAUAUUUUUGGAAACAUUGGGGAUGAGACGAGGGAGAGAAUCCGGCGACAAGGGAUCUUUUUGAUACAAUGUAUGGUUAAAUGGUCUCUCACCACAGGGAGGCGACCGGUUGCGGUGGUGGCUGCGGUUUUGGUUUUCUUGGGCGAGUUGAAUCAAAUUGAGAAUGUUAGGAUUGAGAAUGUGGCUAAAGAAGUUCAUGCUACCGUUUGCACGAGCAAAUUAAGGUAUAAGGAACUGAUGGAAGCACUUGUUAAGGUGGCUCAAGCAUUGCCUUGGGGGAAGAAUGUUAACAUUAAGAACAUUGUGAAUAAUGCUCCUUUUGUGAUUCAGUAUAUGGAGCAUAAGUCUAUGUCGAAAUCGGAUGAGAAGAGGAACGAUUUGGAGCGGUUGCGGUUUGAAUUGGAAGAUGUGGUUAGUGAGUGUUUGAGCAAAGAUGUUGACUAUGAGAAUGAUAUGGUUAAUGUGGAUGAUGGUAUUGAUUAUUUCAAGGUAGACUUGGAUAGCAACAAGGGUUUGCCAAGUAUUGACGAUAUGGAGAAGUUUCAACUUUCGUCCGAAUGCUUAAUGAUGAUUUAUGAAAAGUUUUCUAAUGAAGUGGGCUGUAAAAAAUCUUCUAGAGAGAGCGGAAGUGUGGUUCAUAGAAGAGAAAACAGGAAUUUUGACAUUGGUGUUUGCACAGAGUGGUGGAGUGGAGAGUCAGAGUUGAGCAAAAAGCUUUUACUCAAGCAAAUAUUGGAGAAAGAUGUUGGGUUGAAUGCCUUGCCUCCAUCGUUUGUUAAUAAUUGCAAGGUUUAUGAGAAGAGGAGAGAAAAGAUUAAUGCUGCUAAGCGACGCAUUGAUCGAAUUAUGUUUCCAUCGAAUUCAGAUGAUUGUGUUAACAAUUAUGUUGUGGACUGUGAACAGCUUGGAAAGAAGAGGAAGAGAGCAAAAUUUAGUGCCAUUGAUUGGGAAGAUUUGAUUAUUGAGAUGCUCCUUCUUCAUCAAGUGAAAGAAGAGGAAAUAGAGAAGGGUCAUUAUAACACUUUAAUGGACUUGUAUGUGUUUAACUCUGGAAUUGUUCCGGAUUUCCCUGCUUGAUGAGAAGAAUGACAGACUUUUUUCUUGAGGCUUUGUUCCGAUUUUGUGAUCCAUACCAGGUUUUUUUAUUUUGUUCCACUUUGUAUAUAUACACACUGGGUUUUUAGAGAUAUAGACAUUUUUCUGAAAAAACAUACAGACAGGCAGUAAUGCAUCAUUUUUGUUCAGGUCAUAUAGGAUUAAGAGAGAUGGUUAGAGGGGACAGAUGGGGAGCUUUAUAGGGUAGUUUGUUAGCUUGGGGAAUUGGAAGAGCUUGUUAUUAAACCAUUAAUUGUAUGGCUGAGAGGUUCAUGCCUCAAAGUUCUUGCUUGGCUGGUUAUCAUUCUUUUUGUAAUGUGUUCCAUUUUCAGUAAUACAAUCUUCUAUAUUCUUACA